GUUGGCGAAGCGAUGGCGAAGCGUUUCACAGAGACCGGCAAAUGGUCCGACCCCUGGUUCCGGCGACUGAACCCCGCGGAGAAGUGUGCGUGGGGCUGGCUCACUGACAACUGCGACCUAGCGGGGGUGGUGGACCUAGAUUCCGAGCUGGCGGAAUUCCAGAUCGGGGAGGCGGUCGACUGGGCGGCCAUGAUCGCCAACAGCGAGGGCCGCAUCGUUGAACUGGAGAACGGCAAACUGUGGCUGACCAAGUUCGUGGCGUUCCAGAAUGGCGACCUGGACGCCGAUUCCAAGUCGCCUGCCGUCCGCGCAGUUGUCAAAGCUCUUGAAAAACAUGGACUACUUGAAGGGUACGCGAAGGGUACUAGUACCCUACAGGGCAAGGGCAAGGGUAAAGGCAAGGGAAAGGGUAAGGGCAAGGGCAGCGAAGAUGCAGAGCCCGAAUCGCCCGCCGAUGACCCGACCACGGAACUGGACCGCAUCGAAGACCCGAAGCUGCGGCAGGCGGUCGCCGACUGGUGCGACUACAAACGCCGCAACCGCUCAGCUUACGAUUCUAAGGCCCUGACGAAGCUUGUGAGCCGCGUUCUCAACGUGGCGGGGCAACACUCGCCCCAAGCGGUCGCCGACGCUAUGGAGCGUGCUGAGGCGUCCCAGUGGAAGGGCUGGGAGCACGACAUCGGCACAGCGAUGGCGAGUCCCAAGGAAGUGGCGUUGGCGGUCAAUCUGAUCUACGGCGCCUGCGGUCGGGAACCGGGUGAGGGCGUGCUUGAGGCUUACCAGUUCGCCCUGCGAGAGCGGACCGACUACCAGCUUGCCCUGGCGGUCGAGAACGAGCUGCAAGGCAAGUCACACGAGUUCCCGAUCACCGCGCAGGGCCUGCGGGCCUUGGCGGGCAACUACCCGCGGAGCGAGGCCGAAGCGGAGGAGCGGCUGCUGCCGGCGCCGGCCGUGGUGUCGGAUUCAUCAAUGACCGUCCGCGAGUGCAUGUUAGACCAGAUCCGCAAGCACAUCCGAGAAGGCCACCCGGCCAGCGACUUCUACCGCGACCUGCUGAGAGACAUCAACGAGAUGCCGGAACACAUCAAUCCC